AUGGUGCACAGUGAGAUAAAGGAUAGUCCCAGAUCCCUGAGAUCUCAGCGAGUUGCUCCACUCUGCACUGAUGUGUGCUGUGGUCCAGCGGAGCGGUUGAGCAUGGUUUGGCGCAUGCUUCCUGCAGAGCUUGGCCUGUCUUUGAGCCCACGGCCCAGUUUCAGCCAGCUCAUACUGUUUGUCACUAUCAUCUUCAUCACUUGGUUUCCCCGCCUUUACCUGCACUACUGCAGCCAGUGGCUUUUCCUCCAAGCCCGAAACAUACCUGUUAACAGGUUUCGUUUCCAUGCCCACACUGUGGAUUUGGUAUAUCAGAGCUCUCUCCUGCACACCCUGGAGGAGAUGCUGUUGGUGUUGUUGGGGCCCUUGACCUUGAAUGCAGCUAUGUUUCUGCUGCUUCUGAUCAGAUGGCUCUGUCAGCUAGUGUUUGGCUCAACUCCUUCCUUUCUGUCAAAGCUGAUCAUGGCUCUGGGAGUGUGGACAGUGCUUGACCCUCUGGCGGUCUUCACUGUGGACGCUGUCCUUGGGCAUCUGUCUUAUAGUGCAGAUAGGCCAGUAGCUGAUGCCACUAAGCUUUACUGGCACUUCCAUCAUUUGGAGCAGUCAGGGAUAGCAGGAAUUCUGAUCACCCUUUUCCUGUAUACCGUUCUCUUCAUUUUGUCCUUCACCAUGUUCUACAUGUACUUCCUCAGGUUGCAUAAUGAUGGCAGAAUGCUUGAUGUGUACCUUCGUCUCCACAGUCCAGAGAGGGCCUUUUUUAUCCCCGAUGAUUGUGAAGUGUCCAAUCAGGAGCUUAGCUUUAUUGUAAAGAAAGCAGAGCAGUGGAGAGGCUUCAAUGGGGAGAGACGAAAGGUGGCAGUGUAUGAUUACAUCUGGACCCAGGAAGAGUCUGGAGGGUACGACUCCCCUGGGGCUGCACCCACUGUAGCGGGAGAGACGAGCACCCAUGUGUCCAUCUACACACUGUUCCUGAGUGGCCUGCGCCAGCGCUACAGACACUUCCUCAGGCAGCCUAGUGGAGCCAUUGUAGAGCUUAUUGGGGAUUUGGACAGUGUGGCUGCUCAUCAACAUGUCCCGUGUCAGAAGACACGGCAGAAGGAAGUCGACCGCAGGUUGAAGAGUUCAACACAUGCACUGAGAGAAAGGAAGAACAAGAAUCCUGCAUGGCGUUGUAACAGAGUGGAACCUCUCAGCGCAAGUGCCUGUGAACCCAACACAACAUUGAAAGAUUACUCAGGACUAGUUUCUUUACAGGAGCUAAAACUACCUAAGAAUCUUAGUGAAAACUUCUAGAUGUGACAAGUGUGAAAGGUCUCAAAUAAAAAUCAGGUGACACACCAGCAUAUUUAGCAAGGUGCUACAGUACUCCUAAAACUGAUUAUGAGCUUCAUUUUUAUUUCAAAGGUGACAGUGUUGCAUUUGCCCUCGAGUUGUGUAGAAAAAGGCACCAAUUUAAACACAGAAAAAGGCAUGGCAUAAAAUGAGCUCUGAAUUGAGUCAAAUUUCUAAAAUAGGUUUAAAUGUGUGCAAACGAGCUUCUGUCCACUAAGAUAAAA